UCCGGGGAGAGCGGAUAUAGUGAAUGCGGGGUCCGGGGAGAGCGGAUAUAGUGAAUGCGGGGUCCGGGGAGAGCGGAUAAUAGUGAAUGCGGGUCCGGGGAGGAGAGCGGAUAUAGUGAAUGCGGGGGUCCGGGGAGAUCGGAUACAGUGAAUGCGGGGUCCGGGGAGAGCGGAUAUAGAUGAAUGCGGGGUCCGGUGAGAGCGGAUACAGUGAAUGCGGGGUCCGGAGAGAGCGCGAUAUAGUGAAUGUGGGGUCCAAUUUGGGAUACAGUACAGCCAGUGUUGUCACCGUAGGGCAAGAAGUGUAUUACUGGCAGGAUCACCAGGUGAAAAAAAACAUGGAAAAAAAG